AUGGCACAUUCACGUUUUCUCGAUGAUCAGGAAGGACAUGGAAACUUAUUACUUCCCAUUCAAGGAUACAAAAACUGUACAUUACUACCAUUAGAAGAAGCCGUGAAACCUCUUACACAUCUAUGUGAAAAUUUAUUAGCUAACGUUUGGAUUAUUAAAAAAAGAUGUGAAACUAUUGUUGAUAAUGUCCUUUCAAUCGAUGAAUCAGCUUCAAUUCAAUUAUAUACAACUGAAUGGCUUCCAAGUGAAAAUACUGUUUAUUAUCAGCUCAAUCAUGUUUUACGAUCAAAAGAACGUGUGAAACUAAUAUCACCAUGGUUAUUGUAUCUGAAAUUAUUUCUCACUGCUCUCUUCAAAUUAGAAUCUGUUCAGACAGUGAUCUGGCGUGGAAUAAGAGGCAAUUUUAGUAAUCACUAUCCAGAAGGAAAAGAAAUUAUUUGGUGGGGAUUUAGUUCAUGCACACAAUCAAUUAAACUUCUUGAAUUAGAUCAGUAUCUUGGAAAAGAUGGUGACAGAACAUUGUUUAAUAUACAGUGUUUAAAAGGGAAACAGGUCCAGAAAUAUUCGUACUAUUCUGAAAACGAAGUUUUAUUAAUGCCAGGGACAUAUUUGCAAGUAGUGGAUACAUUAGACGCUGGAAAUGGCUUACAUGUUAUUCACCUAAGAGAAUUAAUCCCACCACAUGAAUUACUUCAACCACCGUUUUCAGUAGUGAUGAAAACGUCCGAACCUGAAGGAAUAUUUCCAAAGAAAAAUUUUAUAUUCGAGUACUUUCCAGAAAUUACUCGUAUUCGUACUGAGAAAUCGGUGUACUCGCCCAUCUCUGCUAUCGUCCGUUUCGAAAAAGAUUGUACUCUGUCACCUGCUGAAUAA